AUGCGCUGGUCUCUAGGGCUUCUGCUGGCAGCGACAGGACCGGCUCUGGGCUCUCCUAUCGCGCCUCGAUCCGCAGGCCCAUGGCUUGCCAUUGAUUCCGACUUCCCCGACCCAGGCUUCGUUCAGGGUGAUGAUGGGGCAUGGUACGCGUUUGGCACCAAUGGCAACGGCAAGACCGUCCAGGUGGCCAGAUCCCCUGACUUCGAGUCUUGGACUCUGCUGGAUAAGGAAGCCAUGCCCACCCUGGCUGGCUGGGAGACAGCCGUGGACCACUGGGCCCCAGAUGUAGUACAGCGGAACGACGGCAAAUUCGUCCUCUACUACUCCGGCGAAGCCAAAGACGACCUCCGCCACCACUGCGUUGGGGUCGCCGUCUCCGAAACCACCGACCCGACGGGGCCCUACAUUCCCAACCCGACCCCGCUAUCCUGCCGACUGGACCAGGGCGGCUCCAUCGACCCGUCGGGCUUCCUCGACCGCGACGGCAGCCGCUACGUGGUGUUCAAGGUGGACGGCAACAGCAUCGGCAACGGCGGCGACUGCAACAACGGGAUCGCGCCGCUCAAGCCCACGCCGAUCCUGCUGCAGAAGGUCGCCGACGACGGGUUCACGCCCGUCGGCGAGGCGGUCCAGAUCCUCGACCGCGACGACAGCGAUGGCCCCUUGGUCGAAGCCCCGAACCUGAUCCUGCACGGCGACACAUACUUCCUGUUCUACUCGACGCACUGCUACACGGACCCCAAGUACGAUGUGCGCUGGGCGACGAGCUCGUCGAUCACCGGCCCGUACACCAAGUCCGGCAGGCAGCUGUUCGCCUCGGGCCAGUGGAAUCUGACGUCGCCGGGCGGCGGCACGGUGUGUGGGUGCGGGGAUCGCAUGCUGUUCCAUGGGUUCUGUGAGCCGAACAAACGGUGCACGUAUGCGGCGAGGUUGGACAUCCAGGGCGAGGAUGUGGUUGUUUUGUAG